AUGUUCCCUCUGCCUGUACACAAUGGUCCUAGACUUGGAAAAUUAUCGAUUUUCGAAAUGCCCGGCGAUUCGCUGACAUCGUCGUCUUUCAUGCCAGAUGGUGGCGCAGAAACGUCGAGCUCUUCACAGUUGGGCGGCUCGGCUCACGGAGCAAUUGGCACAAAACCCGACGCAGGCGUCCAAUUCCAGUGCCCAGUCCGUCCGAACCAUGGAGUCGAGGGCCGAUCCAUCCUCCUGCGAGCCAAUCAUUUUGCAGUACGGAUCCCCGGAGGUUCAGUCCAACAUUAUCAAAUUGACGUCUUUCCGGACAAGUGCCCAAGACGGGUUAAUCGCGAGGUAAUCGGCUGCCUGAUCUCCUCCUUCUCAAAAUAUUUCACCAAUAUUCGACCAGUCUACGAUGGAAAGCGUAACAUGUACACGCGGGAGCCCCUACCAAUUGGCACGGAGCCCAUGAACUUUGAGGUGACGCUGCCUGGAGAUUCAGCAGUGGAACGGAAGUUCUCAGUGACGAUGAAGUGGAUCGGUCAGGUCUGUCUGUCAGCUCUGGACGAUGCCAUGGAAGGUAGAGUGCGGCAGGUUCCACAUGAAGCCGUUCAGUCGAUCGAUGUGAUUCUUCGCCACUUGCCAAGUUUGAAGUACACCCCGGUUGGAAGGUCGUUUUUCACACCUCCAGGCGUCAUGAAGCCCGGCAUGCAAAUGCACCAGGAGAGCAAACUCGGUGGAGGCCGCGAAGUAUGGUUUGGAUUCCAUCAAUCCGUCCGACCAUCCCAAUGGAAGAUGAUGCUCAACAUUGACGUCUCCGCCACGGCCUUUUACCGCGCGAUGCCAGUCAUCGAAUUCGUCGCCGAGGUGCUCGAGCUCCCAGUCCAAGCUCUCGCCGAGCGUCGGGCCCUCUCCGAUGCUCAACGCGUCAAAUUCACCAAAGAGAUCCGUGGACUCAAGAUUGAGAUCACCCAUUGUGGAGCCGUGCGCCGGAAGUACAGAGUUUGCAACGUCACACGCCGCCCGGCCCAGACCCAGACCUUCCCAUUGCAACUGGAGACUGGCCAAACUAUUGAGUGUACUGUAGCCAAGUACUUCUUUGACAAGUACCGUAUCCAGCUGAAGUACCCCCACCUUCCAUGCCUCCAAGUCGGUCAGGAGCAGAAGCAUACGUACCUGCCACCAGAGGUCUGCGAUAUUGUUCCAGGACAGCGUUGUCUGAAGAAGCUCACCGAUGUGCAGACGUCCACCAUGAUCAAGGCCACGGCUCGUUCCGCUCCAGAGCGUGAGCGUGAGAUUUGUAAGCUAGUAAGCAAGGCUGAGCUCUCCGCGGAUCCAUUUGCUCAUGAAUUCGGAAUCACUAUCAAUCCAGCAAUGACUGAAGUCAAGGGACGUGUGCUCUCGGCUCCGAAGCUUCUCUAUGGAGGUCGUCAUCGUGCCACAACUGCCCUUCCGAACCAGGGAGUCUGGGAUAUGCGCGGGAAGCAGUUCCACACUGGAAUGGAAGUCCGUACCUGGGCGAUUGCAUGCUUUGCUCAGCAAUCUCAUGUCAAGGAAAAUGAUCUCAGGAUGUUCACGACUCAAUUGCAAAGGAUCUCUACCGACGCUGGAAUGCCAAUCAUCGGUACCCCUAUGUUCUGCAAAUAUGCUUCUGGAGUGGAGCAGGUGGAGCCGAUGUUCAAGUACUUGAAGCAGACCUAUUCGGCGAUUCAGUUGAUUGUGGUGGUGCUGCCAGGAAAGACUCCGAUCUAUGCCGAAGUGAAACGCGUCGGAGACACCGUCCUCGGAAUCGCCACCCAGUGCGUCCAGGCCAAGAACGCCAUCCGAACCACCCCGCAGACACUCUCCAACCUCUGUCUCAAGAUGAAUGUGAAGCUUGGUGGAGUCAACAGCAUCCUCCUGCCAAACGUGCGUCCACGGAUCUUCAACGAGCCCGUCAUCUUCCUGGGUUGCGACAUCACCCAUCCAGCAGCCGGUGAUACCCGUAAGCCAUCCAUCGCCGCAGUGGUAGGAUCUAUGGAUGCUCACCCGAGUAGAUAUGCGGCAACAGUUCGGGUCCAGCAGCACCGUCAGGAGAUCAUUACGGAUCUGACAUAUAUGGUUCGAGAGUUGCUUGUCCAGUUCUACCGUAACACGAGGUUCAAGCCAGCCCGAAUUGUGGUCUACAGAGAUGGAGUGUCUGAGGGUCAACUCUUCAAUGUGCUCCAAUAUGAGCUCCGCGCAAUUCGUGAAGCUUGUGUGAUGCUUGAGAGUGGAUACCAGCCAGGAAUCACAUUUAUCGCUGUGCAAAAGAGACAUCACACAAGGCUCUUCGCCGCGGAUAAAGCUGAUCAAGUAGGAAAAGCAUUCAACAUCCCACCAGGAACAACUGUAGAUGUGGGAAUCACGCAUCCAACGGAAUUCGACUUCUUCCUCUGCUCCCACGCUGGUAUCCAAGGAACAUCCCGACCAUCUCACUACCAUGUGCUCUGGGAUGACAAUGAUCUGACGGCCGACGAGCUUCAACAGUUGACCUACCAAAUGUGUCAUACCUAUGUAAGAUGCACGAGGUCUGUGUCGAUCCCGGCGCCGGCGUACUAUGCACAUCUGGUGGCGUUCCGUGCUCGUUAUCACUUGGUCGAUAGGGAUCAUGGAUCCGGAGAGGAAGGAUCACAACCUUCGGGGACGUCGUCGGAGGAUACAACAUUGUCAAGCAUGGCCAAGGCCGUACAGGUUCAUCCCGACUCGAACAACGUCAUGUAUUUUGCCUAAGUCUCCAACUACGGAUUCUCUGCCAUUUCACAGCCACUUGUUAUCUAUGCAUCUCGAUUUUCAUUUUUCCCGUUUCCUCUGCCCCCUGAGAUUUUCAUGUUUUUCCUUCCCCUAAUUAUCAAUAUCAAUCAAUACUUUAAUAUCUUUCAAGCCCAGGUUUAUAAUAUUUCCAAUUAUGUUAGGUGUUUAAUUUUCACCAAGUUUUUUUUCCAUUUUUUUCCAAAUUUCUUGAGCCAUUUUCCAUACUAGCCACACAAUGCUUUUUCGAUCCUCCAAAUACUUUCCAUUUGUGUCUUUAUCCCCCUCUGCUCUAAUUAAAUACGACCUUAUCACUCAAUUGGUACACUUUGUUGUAAACUGUCUUUCUCUUAGUAUCUGAAAAAAAACCUCAUGAUUGUCCUGUUUUUCAACCCACCCCCACCCACAAUGCCUUUUUGUGUUUCCCAAUGGCAAGUCCAACAGAAUAAAGUGAUAUUUUGGAACCCACAGGAUGUCCGCUGCUAUUAGGGGGCCCGUAAGAUGGGCGCUGUUUCUGUACGCCAGUGAGAUGUCCGCUGCUUCUAGAACACCAUUAGAUGUCGGCUGCUCUAUUGGGCUCGGGGCAUGUCCGCUGCUUUAGCAAACGCUGCUCUAUUAAGCCCGUAUGAUGUCCGCUGCUAUUAGGGAACCUGUGGGAUGUCCACUGCUUCUAAAAGCCUGAUUGUCUCCUACUUUGCACCAGUGAUCCCGUAAGAUGCCCGCUGCUUCUGAGAACCCAUAAGAUGUCUGCUGCUGUUCAAUAUGCCCGUAAAACAGGAUCUCAACGUCUUUAUUUUGUUAUACCACGUUACUAUUUUCCAAGUUAGAUGUACUGCUUUCUUCUCUCGACCUCUGCUGUCUCACAUUCCUGCCUCUCCUCCCAUGAAAUCCUCUUCCGCGUUGGUCGUAUAGAGGAUCAUAUCCACCUCCGUAAUAGAUUCCGUUACCAAUACGACAACAGAAUCGAACUCCCAUGUAUAUGAAGCCAACGCAGAUUGUCACAACAACCACUACCGUUAAAAUUGUACCGAAGCCAUCCAUAUCGUCGCCAUGACUCAUUUGCUUGACUCGAUGCGAGAUGUCUUUUCUUCUUUUCUAUUGUCGUUCCCCUUCUUUUCUAUUGUCGUUCCCCUUUGGAACAGUAUAGUUCACAAUGUAUCAACAUUCCUUUCCCCCUCCCAGGUUAUGAACCUCAUAAACCAACAAAUCUCAUUUUUUUAAAUUUCUCGUUGAUUUAUCCUCUUCUGUCAAAUAGUAUUUACUUUUCAUACUUAAGAUGGACUCUGACGGGUCUUUCUUAUUUUAUGUGUUAUUCGAUUUUCCCCGUUGAUCUUCUAUGUAUUACAUUUUGUUACUAUUUAUCAAAUUUCGAAUAAACAAACAAAACAAUU